CUGGGAGUAGCCUCGUGAUGUCACUUAGGAGAAAUGAAAGCAGACUUGCUACUCAGAAUUCCUUUCCUUUCAGCAGGACACAAACUCGUGGUUAAAGCGUUUUCAGUGUACUGAAAAAAAUUCAGCACAGUGUCAGUCAUGGCUUCCUCCAGCAGUGACCUGUGUGAAGAUCAGCUCCAGUGUCCCAUCUGUCUGGAUGUGUUCACUGAUCCAGUCUCUACUCCAUGUGGACACAACUACUGUAUGAUCUGUCUCAAAGAGUUCUGGGACAGCAGUUCACACUGCCAGUGUCCAGUGUGUAAGGAGGAAUUCCCUAAACGUCCUAAACUACGUGUCAAUACGUUCAUCUCUAAACUGGCUGCUCAGUUCAAACAGCAGUUUCCCGUGAAGACUAAGAAGGUUCUGUGUGACUCGUGUACUGAGGAAAAGCUGGAGGCUCUAAAGUCCUGUUUGCACUGUGGUGUUUCUUACUGUAACAAUCAUCUGAUGCUCCAUAAAACUACAGCUAAACUCAUGAAACACAAACUGAUCGACCCUGUGGAGAACCUGGAGGACUACAUCUGUCAGAAACAUGAGAGACCCCUGGAGCUGUUCUGUAGAGACGACCAGACGUGUGUGUGUCAGUUCUGUACUGAAGGAGAGCACAAAUCUCACAACAGUGUUCCUUUAGAGAUGGCGGUUGGAUCAAUUAAGACUGAGUUGUGGUUAAUAAAAGCAGAAGCUGAGCAGAUGAUACAGCACAGACUGAGGAAGAUUGAGGAAUUCAAACUCUCCGUAAAGCUAAAUAAAAAAAUCACAGAGAAAGCAGACAUUGUGGAGGUCUUCAGAGCUCUGAUGAGCUGCAUUGAGAGAAGCCAGACUGAGCUACCCAAAGUGAUGGAGGAGAAGCAGAAAGCAGCAGAGAGGCAGGCUGAAGAGUUCAUUAAAGAGCUGAAGCAGGAAAUCACUGAGCUAAAGAGGAGAAAUACUGAGCUGGAGCAGCUCUCACACACUGAGGAUCACCUCCACCUCCUACAGAUUUACCCGGCACUGUGCAGCCUUCCACACACCCAGGACUGGACUGACUUUUCUAUUAACUUUCCUCUUAGUGUGGGGACUCUGAUUAGAAUAAAGAUUCAGGAGAUGCUCAGUGAGGAAGUAGACAAGAUUGAUGAGACCAAACUGAAAGGAUUCCAGCAAUAUGCAGUGGAUGUGACUCUGGAUCCUGAUACAGCGAAUCCUUAUCUCAUCCUGUCUGAUGAUGGGAAACAAGUUACAUGUGGAGACACAGAACAGAAUCUCCCUGAUAUGCCAGAGAGGUUUGAUCGUUGUCCCUGCGUGUUGGGAAAUGAAGGAUUCACCUCAGGGAGAUUUUACUAUGAGGUGCAGGUCAGAGGGACUGAGUGGGUUUUAGGAGUGGUCAGAGAGUCUGUUAAGAGGAAAGAGGAAAUUAAAGCAAGCCCUGAAGAUGGAUUCUGGUGUGUGGGUCUGAAAAAUGAAACCGAACAUUCAGCUUGGGACUCUCCUCCUAUCCUCCUCUUCAUAAAACAGGCUCCUCAGAAGGUGGGGGUGUUUGUGGACCAUGAGGAGGGUCUGAUCUCCUUCUGCGAUGUUGAAGCCAAGUCUCAUAUCUAUUCUUUCACUGGUCAGAAUUUUAUCGAGAAAAUCUAUCCAUUCUUCGGCCCUUGCAAUAAUCAUGGCAAUAAAGACUCAACACUGACAAUCUGUCCUGUUAAUUAGUGUAAUAAUAGUUGUUAUAAAUCUCUGUUGACAUCUUCUACUUAAUCAUUGACUUUAACAACAAAUAAUUAAGUAUACUUUCCAAAUCAGAUCCUGUUACAAUCUUAUCUGGUGUUUAUAAUCAUUAAAAUCAGAUCUGAAUGCAGAAUAUAUUGCUAAAAUCUUUGCAAACUAGAUUAGCUGAAAUUGAUUGUUAACUGAAUUCAUAAAUGUUUUUUUUUUUUUGUCUUUGUCUUUGCCCUCAAAACUCAUAACAUUCGAAGCGGGUGACUAAACAGAUCACACAUUUGAAAGCAUUCUCUGUUAAACAAGCAUGUCCCAGCCAUGACUGUUCAUGUCAUUCAGUAGAAACGCUCUGAAUUUUACACAGUAAUAAAAUGACAGGAAUCUUUAAUGCAAA